GCUCCACCUCCAACUCCUGCCUGGAGAUAACCGCUGACCAGGAGGUAGUGGUCGUCCAGGGAGGAAACAGGAAGAAGUUCCAGUUUGAUAAAGUGUACUCUCCUAGUAGCACACAGGAGGACAGGUACGUUGCCAGUUAUAAUGUCCUGCGUGGAUGGAUACAAUGUCUGUAUACUGGCCUGUGGUCAAACUGGAUCUGGAAAGACCUUCACCAUGAUGGGCACCAAGGAAAACCCAGGAGUUAAUAUCAGGUCUAUCCGAGAACUUCUAUGUAUCUGCAGAGAUAAAGAUACGGUCUCCUACACUGUGAAGAUUUCAAUGCUGGAGAUUUAUAAUGAUGGCUUAAAUGACUUGCUGACCAAAAACGCCAAUGCUGCACUGGAUAUCACAGUCCAGGGCAAGUCAGUGUCGGUCCCAGGACUGACCCAAGUCCAAGUCCAGACUGAGGCUGACAUCCUCAACGUCAUGGAGAUGGGCGAAAAGAACAGGAAGAUUGCCUCAACCAAGAUGAACAUCCAGAGUUCUCGUUCCCACCUGGUGGUGGCGCUGAAGGUGGAAGGCUCAGAUGAGCUAUCGGGAUUGACGUCACGUGGUACCUUGACCCUUUGUGACCUGGCUGGUUCGGAGCGGAUCUCAAAAACGGAGGCUGAGGGUCAAAGGCUAGUGGAAGCCGCCGCCAUCAAUAAAUCGUUGAUGGCACUGGGACAGGUGUUUGGUGCAUUAAAGUGCAACGCGCUUCACGUCCCAUACAGAAACUCCAAACUGACCCACCUCCUGCAACCCUGCCUUAGUGGAGACGCAAAAUGCUGCGUCUUCGUGAACAUCAGUCCGGACACAAAGGAUGUGGCGGAAACACUAAGCACUCUGCAGUUCGGUUCUGCCAUACGACAGGUUUCACUCGGUAAAGCAACAAAAAACAUUGUACCAAUGAAAAACACCAACACCGCCGAGUAGACAGAACCCACAAGUGUUUUCAGCCACAAAAAAGUCUUUAAUCCUCGGUGCGCACUUUGACUCAGAUGUGGACCAUUUAAUCUGUGGUCCUGUCAUAAGGAUGAACCGGUAGAAUGAAAAACAGAAAGAAGCGUUUUCAUCCUGCAGUGUGUGUCGGCCUGCUUUUUGCUGGUUUUCAGACAGAUCCAGUUGGUUGCAAAUGAAGUUUGUCCACUGUUUGAGUUGUCUUUCAUCACAACUACACAGAAGGAUCCACAACAUUUACG